AUGGGGCUCCUGCGGCGGGUGGAACUUCCCUAUGUUUCCAGGUGGAUUAACAACGACAUCCGACCCAUUGAGUCAGCGAGGCGGACAUGGGGCUUUUCAACAUUCCAUAAUUUUUGGCUGUUGAUCAACUGCAACAUCACAACUUACCUCACUGGGAGUGCUUUGAUCCCGCUUGGCCUCACGUGGUGGCAGGCAUUCAUAUGUAUCAUCCUGGGAAACCUCGUCGCUACUGGGGUUGUCAUCAUCAACUCGCUUCCUGGCAGCUAUUACCACAUCGGGUUUCCUGUCUUUAGCCGGGCAGUAUGGGGGAUGUGGGGAUCUCAAUUUGUCAUUUGGAAUAGAAUUUUCCUGUCCCUUGUCUGGUUUGUGUCCUGGAUGCGAACGUACGGCUUCACAGCUUGGGUCGGCGGCGAGUGCGUUUACCUCAUCCUCCUCUCGUGGGACCCGCGCCUCGAGUCCCAUAUCCCAAACACGAUCCCCUCAGAUACGGGCAUGACAACCGCGCAAUUCGUCUCCUAUAUCAUCUUCAGCGUGAUUAGCCUGCCGGUCAUAUGGAUCCGUCCGCACCGUCUCGAGAAGUUCUUCCAUUUCGCAUGCAGCAUCACGCUCAUCUUUUUCAUCGUCUUCCUCGCCUGGGCCCUUGCAACGAUGGGACCCUCCGGUUUCGGUGACACCAUAACCUCGGGCUCUGACCUACCCAACACCGGAGGGCCGGAGAGCGUGGCGUGGUUGAUGGUAUACGGCAUCGUGUCGACCAUCGGGUCGAUCGCGGCGGGCAUCCUCAACCAGAACGACUACUCCCGCUUUGCGACGCAGCCAAAGCAUGCCAUCCUGGGGCAAGCCGUGUCAUUCCCCGUCUACGGUAUCUUCAGCUCCUUGAUUGGUAUCCUGGUCACGGCAGCCACGCAGCAUCGCUUUGGCGGCGAGGCGAUUUGGAACCCGCCGACGCUGUUUGCACAGCUGUUGGCCCAGAAUGAGACGGCGGGUACUCGGGCGGCGUGCUUCUUUGCCGGGCUGUGUCUCGUCGUCUCCCAGAUCGGCGUCAAUGUCCCGGGAAAUGCACUCGCUGGAGGAUUUGAUCUGGCUGCGACGUUCCCAAGAUAUCUCAACAUCCGCCGAGGAGCAUACAUCACAGCCAUUCUCAGCGUUAUCGUCAACCCUUGGCGGCUUGUCAACACGGCCACGACGUUCCUGACAGUGCUGUCGAGCUACAGCGUGUUUCUUGCCCCGAUGACUGGUCUUAUGAUUUCCAGUUACUUAGUCGUGAACAAGCGGAAGGUUGACAUCGACUCCCUUUACCGUGGCGACUCGGGAAGCAUCUACUGGUUCUCUUACGGAUGCAAUUGGCGUGCUCCUGCAGCUUGGCUGGUUGGUGUCAUCCCCUGCAUGCCUGGAUUUGUCGCCGCUGUCGACACUUCAGUGACUGUCAGUCCUGGAGCAACCGAGCUGUAUUACAUGUCAUAUGUCUACGGUCUCCUGUCCAGCGGCUUGGUUUACGCCGUGCUGCACCGGAUAUUUCCGGCUAAAGACCUUGAAUCAUUCGUCAGGACAGCGCCAUCUGCGAGACAGCUUCGGGAGGUACAUCUUGGAGAGUGGGACUGCACGUUGGCAGAAGCACCCAACGUUCAAGAUGUUGACGGGGUGGUAGGUCAUAGGGGCAAAACUGGAGAGACCACCGCGAUAAAGACGGGCGUGUAA